UCAUUGAUAUUGAAAUGUAUUACGUAUGACAAAAAGUGCAAAGUAUACUUAACAUACUUUCGAAUAAAUGUUCACAGCCGCUUAUCAGCUUGUUAAUUGAGUGAGUUUCAUGAUUGAUAAGCGUGAAAAUAUUUGUAUGUACAUGAAUAAAAGGUAGCACGAAUGGUAACCACACAUGAAUAUAUAGACUAAUAUUUGCUAAACACAUGUAUACGUGUCGGUGACAAGACUAACAAUAUUACAAACAAUAAGAAGGAAACACCUAUGAAGAAAUAUUAUCUCUGAAAUAUUUCGAUCGCAAAUGUCAUGAAAAUGUCGUUGUUGAUUUAAAGGUUAGAGUGUAUGAGCGUUCAUAUAUUUAUGUAUAUGCCGGGAGGUAUUAAUUAAAUAGAAAUUUCUCUACAAGCAUAUUUAAAAAAGAUUAUCUAUAAGUAUUGAGAUUGACCAGAGAUUGAUCUUAUUUUCUUUGUUUUAUGAGAUUAUUAAUAUUAAAGCUUGUUAGGUUUCAAGUAUAAUGGGUAUCGAUAGCAUGAGGGUUGGUGGAGGAAGAUGUUCACCUCUUUUAGUUGGAGGACUUUUAAUAGCGUGUUUAAUGCUUCUUUGUAACUGGUGGACUUUGUCAUCUGAAAAUUUAGAUUUAGUCCACCAAAUCGAUGAACUCGGUGAGCAGCUUAAAAUAAGCGCAGAAGAAAAUGAUCAAUGUAUAACAUUACGCAAUAAAUUAGAGCAAAGAUAUAGGCACGCAGAAGAUGAAGUAGCUUACUUGCACGUAUCUUUGGAAAAACAAAAUGAGUUUAACAAGAGGCAGAAAGAAAAUUUUGAAACUUCUAUAGCAUUAUGUAAAAGAGAAUUUGACUCGAAUAAGAUUAAUGAAAAAGAAAAAGAAAAUGAAAAACUUCAAGAAGAAUUGGACAGAGUCAAAGAUGAAAUGGAAAAAUUAAAACUUGCCUAUAAUGCCCCGGUUGAUAACAUUAGAUCUGAUCCUACGCUAACACCUACAAGAAAGGUCAUUGAUGGUAGUCAGUUACGUCUUGUUCGGGACUCUGCUAUAAGAAUAUCUGUAGCUGGUCAGCGUGGUUUGAAGUAUCAUCAAAUCCCAAUUCUACCAUCAGAUCCACCCGGUGCUGUGCGCUUAGCUCCUCGUCUUUCAGUAACAAUGUUAAAAGCUGAAAGAAAUUCAAAGCUAGAAAGUAGCACGAUUGAAGGAAUGAGAAAUGACAAAACAGAGAAAAUUGAUAUAAGUAAUGAAGGAAAGAAGGCAGCAGAAACUAUGUCGUAUGUAGAAAAAAGAAACAAUCAAUUGAGCAAUUAAAUAUCUCUGUGAUAUAUUAUAUACUUAUUUACUGAUGUCUUGUCAAUUAAAACAUAGGAAAUAAUGAUGAUGUAUAAUAUUUCGAAAAUAAUAACAGAUUCAUUUUGAAAAUAA